AUGUCGGAAUUCCAUAAAUCCCCGAUUGAGGUGACCACGGCCGCUCUGGACCCCUAUUUGACCGAAUAUGGACUACAGCUGGCGGCCGAUGGGCUUCACAUACAAUGGGGGAAGGGGAACCCACGACACCCUCGGAAUUGGUCUCUGAGUCGGAAAAUCUACGAUGGUGGUCUGGUUAUGUUUUUGGAACUUUUUACGACGGCGAUUAGUACUGCUGGAUCGACUUGUGCCAAUAAAGCUGCCGGUGAAUUUGGCAUCCAGAAAGAACUGUCCAUCUUUUUCUUCGUAUCACUAUAUCUAUUGGGCCAGGGCGUCGGCGCCAUCAUAUUCCCCCCUUACUCGGAAGCGUUUGGGCGCAAGAAGCUCUACGUUGUCAGCACCGCCUUGUACAGCGUCUCCUGUGCUAUCAUAGCCUCCGUCGACUCGCUACCCGGUGUUGUCGUCGGCCGACUCGCCAGUGGAUUCCUUUCGGCCAUCCCGACCACGGUUGUCAUGGGCAGUAUUGAAGAUAUGUUCAACUCCCGCGACCGUGUCUGGAUAGUCUGCUGCUGGGCAGUGAUAGCGAACCUGGGACUGAUUGUCGGACCCAUCCUGAGCACCUUCAUAACGGCAGAUCUGGGUUGGAGGUGGGUGUUCUAUAUUGCUACCAUGGUGACUGGGGCUCUCACAUUCGUGCUUCUGAGUAUCCGUGAGUCCCGUCCUUCUUUAAUACUAGCAAGGGAGGUCGCAAAACUCCGCCGAGUCACCCAAAUCGAGACACUUGAGAGCUCAAAUCCAGACCAGGCACCGGACAGGCAGACUUUUGCGCGUCUUGCACUGUUCCGACCGGUUCGGCUUUUCUUCACUGAACUCAUCGUCUUCUUCGUGGCAGUGAUGAGCGCUGUCUCCGUAGCUCUGGUGUACCUUUUCACAGAAGUCCUGCCACCCGUCUACGAGGCGUUCGGCUUCAGCACCAAGCAGGCAUGCCUUCCCUUCCUUGCUAUCGGGUUGGGACUGUGUCUUGGGUUCUUGACUCGCUGUCUCGAUCUCCAGAUUAUCGCAAGACACCGUCGACAGGGUCGUCUUUUGCUGCCGGAGCAGAAACUAGUUGGGUUCUGGAUCGGCACCCCUACACUGGCCGGCGCCCUCUGGCUUUUCGCCUGGUCCAUUCCUCCCCAAGUGAAGGAUAUCCACUGGAUCGUGUCCGUCGUGGCCUUGGUGCUGAUCGGAUACUCCCUGAAUGAGAUCGACUACGUUUUGAGCGGUUACCUGACCGACAGUUACCUGAGCUACGCCGCUAGCGGGCUGGCGGCCCUCAGCGUGGUCCGGGCCAUGUUAUCGGCGGUCCUACCACUCAUCUCGAUCCCGAUGUUCUCGACAUUAGGGGCCAACGUGGCGGUCUCCGUGCUGGCGGCCAUUGCGACACUCUUCUGCAUCGUUCCUCCGGUGUUUUCGCGAUUCGGGGAGGAGAUUCGGGCGCGGAGUCCGUUUGCCAAACAUAGUUUGCGCAUAUACAAUGAACACAGUGUUGAUGAAAAUGGGUAUUGA